AAACCAUUAUCUUCCCUCAUCUUCAUUCCUGAGUGUCCUCACCAGCAGGUCAUCAUGUCAAAAACAUGCUUAAGAUCACAGUAACUGGAGCACAGUUCAGAUUCAAUCAUUGAGCUGAUGAAGUCGAACUUUUCACACGAUGAUGAAUUUCAGCUUGUUUGGGGCUUUACUCUGCAUGUUCAGUUGGAGCUCAACAUCGGUUUGUCAGUUUCACUCAGUUGUUGUUCAGCCUGGAGGAGAAGUCACACUGCGGUGCUCAAAUCUGAGCCGCGUUCCUGCGUUUCUCCGCUGGUUCAAACUGGCUGAUGGACCAAACGCCACCACCAUCGUGUCUAUGAACAGUUCUGGAUGGAGCAGUUUAAAUAAAAUUCAUCUUGGCAGAUUUACAAUGACAUCUAACAUCACAGACCUUUUUUUAGACAUCAGAUCAGUAGAUUUCUCUGAUACUGGGCUGUAUUUCUGUGGAUUUCGCACAGAUGGAAACCCAGUCAUUUUCAGUGCAACAUUUUUAAAAGUUGAAGAUGUGAGUGAUGAAGGUAUAAAUGUGCCAACUGCAAUCAUGAGUUCUGUGACCCUUUUCUUUGUGUUACUGAUCUACUGUCUGAUGGCAAAAAGUGGGAUUUUUCAGAGAGAUCAAGUUUACACUCAGAGUCAACCACAAAAUGAGAAUCUGAGCUCUGAUGACCUGAAUUAUGCUGCUCCAACUUUUCACCCCAAAGCUGAAAGCAACAGAAGACCUGCAGCAGAGAGAGAGCUGGAGACAACUGCACUGUAUGGAGCCACGAGAUAAAUUCAUGUCAGGCUUUAGGCUGUUUUUAUUUGAGUUUUUGAGACUUUCUUUUUUUCUUUUUUAAACAUUAGCAUUUCUAGAUUUAUUUGCAGAAGAUUCAAUAAAUCUGAUAAAUGUGACAUUAUUGCAUAGAGAAAGCCAGAUGGGUGGACUCGAUUCAUGUAAACCUGAACUGGGUGUGAU